CUCCCAUCAAAGAGACAGAAAACAAAACCAAAACAAAAUGAGUUAUUCUUACUUCGUCUACCUGUUAAUCGCCAUCUUUCUGUACAGAUUACUUUCUCCUUAUUUCCUAAUUUCCUCUGGAUUUCGCAAGAUUCCAUCACUUCCCUUAAUUACUAAUGUUAAAUGGAACAUCGAACUAUAUCUGCUAGGCGUUCCUCUCGCGACCAACAUUAGGAAAUUUUUGUUGGAACCGAUUGAAGAGACGGGAAUCGUUAGAUAUUAUGACAUCUUGUGGAAGAGAUGGAUAAUUUUUGUCUCACGACCCCAUUUCUUAAAAGAAAUCAAUACCAAAACAGACACAUUCCAAAAGAUCGAUGCUGCUAAUCGACCAAUGUCUCGUUGCGAGUACGCAUAUAUCGGUAGAAAAAACAUUUUAUUUGAAAAUAAAGAGGAACACCUAAGACAUCGGAGGGUGGCAAAUCCGUCAUUCCAUCACAUAUGGCCAACGGAAUUGUUCGGAAACAUAAUUAAAGAGUUGAUCAAGGAGUUGGAUAAAGAUCUUAAAGUCAAUGAUACGAUCAAUGCACAAGUCAUGACUCAGGCGUUUACCUUGGAAGCGCUCGGCAAAGCAGCGUUUGGGUAUAAUUUUGGG